AUGUCUGUAUCAGCUUCAAAAGCCAAGAGAGAGCAAAAACGUUUGGAAAGAGAGGCAAAGAAAGCAGCCGAAGGUAAAAGUCUUAAGAAGACCAAGAGACAAGCAGAAAAGGAUGCAGCAGAGGAUGAUGUAGCCGAUGCCAGUGAAGAAGUUGCUAAAUUGAAAUUGCAAACAGAUGAACACGGAUUAUCAGAUAGAGUCACCACUGGUGUUUUGGACUCAUUGAAAACUUCAAGAGAUAUUAAAUUGUCAUCGGUAUCUCUUUUGUUCCAUGGUAAAGUUUUGAUUCAAGAUUCCACCUUGGAAUUGAACUACGGUCGUAGAUACGGUUUAUUGGGUGAAAACGGAUGUGGUAAAUCCACUUUGUUAAAGUCCAUUGCAGCAAGAGAAUUUCCAAUUCCAGAACAUAUUGAUAUUUACUUGUUGAAUGAGCCAGCAGAACCAACCGACUUUUCUGCAUUGGAAUAUGUUGUUAGGGAAGCCGAACACGAAUUAAAGAGAUUAGAAGACUUGGUUGAAGACUUGAUUAUUAAGGAGGGUCCGGAAUGUCCUGCUUUGGAAGGUAUAUACGAAAAGAUUGAUGAAAUGGAUCCAUCAACUUUCGAAUCCAGAGCCGCUAUCAUCUUAACCGGUUUGGGUUUCAAUGCCGUCACCAUCAAAAAGAGAACAAGAGAUAUGUCUGGUGGAUGGAGAAUGCGUGUUGCCUUGGCCAAAGCUUUGUUCGUCAAACCUACUCUUUUGCUAUUGGAUGACCCAACUGCCCAUUUGGAUUUGGCCGCUUGUGUUUGGUUGGAAGAAUAUAUGAAGAGAUUUGACAGGACUCUUAUAUUGGUGUCCCAUUCUCAAGAUUUCCUUAAUGGGGUUUGUACCAACAUGAUUGAUAUGAGAAUGAAACAAUUGCAACUCUAUGGUGGUAACUACGACUCAUAUGUUAAAACAAGAUCUGAAUUGGAAACUAACCAAAUGAAACAAUACAAUAAACAACAAGAAGAAAUUGCUCAUAUAAAGAAAUUUAUCGCGUCAGCUGGUACUUAUGCUAAUUUGGUUAGGCAAGCUAAAUCAAGACAAAAGAUUUUGGACAAGAUGGAAGCUGAUGGAUUGAUCCAACCAGUCGUUCCUGACAAAGUUUUCACUUUCAGAUUCCCUGAUGUUGAAAAAUUGCCACCUCCAGUGUUGGCUUUCGAUGACAUGUCAUUUUCCUAUUCUGGUAAAGAUGAAGACAACCUUUACGAACAUUUGGAUAUUGGUAUUGAUAUGGAUUCAAGAGUUGCCCUUGUUGGACCAAACGGUGUUGGUAAAUCAACUUUACUCAACUUGUUUCAAGGAAAGUUGACCCCACAAAAGGGAAGAGUCAUCAAGCACACACAUAUUAAAUUGGGAGUUUACUCACAACAUUCAGCCGAUCAAUUGGACUUGACCAAAACUCCAUUAGAAUUUGUACGUGAUAAAUUUGCUUCAAUUUCACAAGAUUACCAAUAUUGGAGAGGACAAUUAGGUCGUUAUGGUUUGAGUGGUGAAUCUCAAACUGCACAAAUGGCAACUUUAUCCGAAGGACAAAGAUCGCGUGUCGUUUUCGCCUUAUUGGCUUUAGAAGCACCAAACUUGAUUUUAUUGGAUGAACCUACCAAUGGUUUGGAUUUAUCUACUAUUGAUUCGUUGGCUGACGCAAUCAACGCCUUCAAUGGUGGUGUUGUUGUUGUGUCACAUGAUUUCAGAUUGCUCGACAAGGUUGCUAAAGACAUUUUCGUCAUUGAAAAUAAAACAGCUACAAGAUGGGACGGUUCAAUCUUGGACUAUAAGAAAUCAUUGGCUGAUAAGGUUGUUCUUUAA